GCGCACGCGCGGGAAUGGGAGCCCGCGAUGGCGGACGGCUCUCGCUCGGAUCCAAAACCCGGUGAGACGGAGGCCGAGAGAGCCGGAGCGGAGCUCGGGACGGGGAAGGGGAAAGUCUGCGGAAAAUAACCGGGUGUAAAGGGGCAGGCUUUGAGAAGAAUUGACGGGAUGGUUCCCGGAGCUUCCGGCGCUGGGCUCACGGCCGCCAUCUUGUUGGGAACCGGGAAGUGAGAGCGCGCGUGCGCCGCCGCCAUCUUUGUGACUAGAAAGGGGACUAGACCUGGAGUCGGGAAGCCAAAAGGAGUGAACCUGGUUGCGGCCCGGCUGUCGAAGAUGGAAGGGGAGAGCUCCGGACUAGGCUUCGUCCGGGAGAAGCCAUGGGAAUGCGGGGACUGCGGCAAGAGCUUCCCUUACCCGUGCUACCUGGAAUCGCACCGGCGCAGCCACACCGGGGAGAGGCAGCACACCUGCCCCGAGUGCGGCAAGGGCUUCGCUCAGGCAGCCGGCUUGCAGAAGCACCGGCGGGCGCACACCGGGGAGCGGCGGUUCCGCUGCUCGGCGUGCGGCAAGGGCUUCACCGAGUCCUCCCACCUGCUGCGGCACCGGCGGGUCCACACCGGGGAGCGGCCGUUCGCCUGCCCCGAGUGCGGCAAGGGCUUCACCGAGCCGUCGAGCCUGCGGAGGCACCGGAGAGCGCACAGCGGGGAGCGGCCGUUCACCUGCCGCCGGUGCGGCAAGGGCUUCGCCGACCCGUCCUUGCUGCUCUCGCACAGGCGGGUCCACACCGAGGAGCGGCCCUUCGGCUGCCCGGACUGCGGGAAGCGUUGGAAGAGCUCCCGGGACCUGCGCUCGCACCGGCGGGUCCACACCGACGAGCGGCCGUUCCGCUGCCCCGGCUGCGGGGCCGGCUUCAAGGCGUCCUCGGCCCUGGCCAAGCACCAGCGGGUGCACACCGGGGAGAGGCCGUACACCUGCCCCCGCUGCGGGGCGGGCUUCAGGCAGUCCUCGCAGCUCACCGUCCACCGGCGGGUCCACACCGGCGAGCGGCCGUUCCGCUGCCCCGAGUGCGGGAAGGCCUUCAGCCAGUCGUCCCACCUGCAAAUCCACCGGCGGGUCCACACCCAGGAGCGGCCCUUCGGCUGCCCGGACUGCGGGAAGCGCUUCAAGAGCUCCGGGGAGCUGCUGCUGCACCAGCGCGUCCACACCGAGGAGCGGCCCUUCCGGUGCUCCCACUGCGGCUCCGGUUUCCGCAGAGCGUCUGACCUCGUCGAACACCAGCGGACGCACACCGGGGAGCGGCCGUUCACCUGCUCCGAGUGCGGGAAGGCCUUCACCCAGUCGUCCACUCUGCUGAGGCACCAGCGGGUCCACAACAUGGGGAAGCCGUGGAAAUGCGGGGACUGUGCAAAGGAAUUCCGUUCCCCAUCUGAGCUGGAAGCCCAUCGGCGCAGUCACACCGGGGAGAGACCCUUCACCUGCUCUGUGUGUGGGAAGGGAUUCAGCAAAUCAUCCACCCUGCAGACACACCAGCGGGUCCACACCGGGGAGCGGCCUUUCAUCUGCUCCGAGUGCGGGAGGGGCUUCACUCACUCGUGGAACUUACAGACCCACCGGCGGGUCCACAGCGGGGAGAGGCCAUUCACCUGCUGCGAGUGCGGGAAAGCCUUCAGUCGCUUGUGUAGCCUGCAGACCCACCAGCGGGUGCACACCGGGGAGAGGCUGUUUGUUUGCUCGGAGUGCGGGCAGGGAUUCACCGACUCCUCCAACCUGUGGAAGCACCGGCGAAUUCACACCGGGGAGCGGCCCUUCACCUGCUCCAGGUGUGGCAAGGGAUUCGGUGACUCAUCCCAUCUGCUGACGCACCAGCGGGUACACACCGGUGAGAGGCCGUUCCCCUGCUCUGUGUGCGGGAAGGAUUUCACCCAGUUAUCCAACUUGCUGACCCACCGGCGGGUUCACACCGGGGAGAGGCCGUUCACCUGCUCCGCGUGCGGGAAGGGCUUCACUCAGUUGUGCAGCCUGCAGAAACACCAGCGCGUUCACAAGUGAUUACAGGGUUGGAUUCUGAUAUUAUUACCAUCCCUAACCGUGUUCAGGAACCAUGUUUUUUUCUGAGAAUGGUGAAAUGGAAAAGUGGAAGACUUCCUUGCAACCGGACUGCCCGGAAUCAUGACUUUGCUUCCAAUGCUGUUUGAGUCUUACUGUAAAAAUAUAGUUUUGUACUUCACUUGGUUUAAAAAUCAUUGUGUGUUUGGAAAGUAAAGUAAUAUUCGGUAUGUAUUUCUAUUAAACAUGCUGCAUUGCCAUGGAGAUGGGCUGCGGGGGUUUAGAAGCUUCUUUUGUUUCAUUUCUCUCCCAGAAGUCAGCUCCAUACCUUGCGUGGUGACUAUAUGUCAGGGAGAAAGAACCUGGAUGACCUGCUGUGGGAAAAGAUUUGCUAACCCACGAUAGGCUCACAAAAGCAAAUUGGCCAAAUUGUACCAGGACACCCAGAAUUCCCGAGCAGCUCACAAACUGGGUCAGACGGCACGCAGACAAUGGAAUGUGCUUUAAGCGCCCAUGGACAUGACAGAGAUCUCAAAGCCCUAUGGGCAGUUUCACAACCCAGCAAUACCAAAGCCACACAAAGAGCAGGACAGACAGAUAGGCACUACAGGACAAUGGAAGCACCUCACCACUUCAGAAAAGACUUGAACACUUUCCUGUGAAGAUGAAUGGAACAUGAUACUGUCAGGAUGUUGCAUUGUGUGAAGGAUCAGGACAUUCAUCCGAUAAACCGUUUUCCAAUUAGCAUCCUU